CGGCCGAGUGAGUUGCAGUGAUUUGGUGCGUAGCUCGGCUUUCAACAAGGUCAGUUCCGCUGAAAGUCCGUAUAACGCCGCCGCCUUUGUGUCCUACGGAACAUGUUUCGGGAGAUAGAGCGUAAUCACGAGCUUUUAGAUUCCCGCUCCUUAGGACCUUCCGCUCUCCAGUCGAGUGUACCGAUUUGCACCACAGAAAAUGUUAUUGGUGGAAUCACAUGUCUCAGUGGAACAUUCGUACCUCGGCCGCUGCUUGGCCACUAAAUAGAUUUUCCUUCUGCCUUUUAACGACAGCCCGUAUUCUAUUUCUACUACCCUCAAUCAUCCUCCCAUAUUGCCAUGACACACGCUGAGCGCGCCGCUUUCCAGGCUGAGGUCGCCGAGGUCGAACGGUGGUUCAAGAGCCCGCGCUUCGCCAGAGUGAAGCGACCAUAUUCCGCUGCUGAAGUCGUCGCGAAGCGGGGUAGCAUCCCCAUUAAGUAUCCUUCCGAGAUACAAGGAAAGAAGCUCUUCGCCCUGCUCUCCGAGCACGCCAAGAAUGGUACACCAUCGCACACAUACGGAGCUCUAGACCCUGUGCAAGUUACUCAGAUGGCCAAGUACCUCGAGACAAUAUAUGUUUCUGGUUGGCAAUCCUCCAAUUACCCCUCAAAUACGGUUCCUAACAAGGUUGAGCAUCUUUUCAUGGCACAGCUCUUCCAUGACCGUAAACAACACGAGGCUCGCUCGAACAUGUCCGAGGCAGAGCUUGCUGCAACUCCAGCCAUUGACUAUCUUCGCCCCCUUGUUGCCGAUGCCGAUACUGGACAUGGUGGCCUCACUGCCAUUAUGAAGCUUACCAAGAUGUUCGUUGAAAAAGGUGCAGCCGGUAUCCAUAUCGAGGACCAAGCACCUGGGACGAAGAAGUGCGGACACAUGGCGGGCAAGGUUCUUGUGCCCAUAUCUGAGCACAUCAACCGCCUCGUUGCCAUUCGUCUUCAAUACGACAUUAUGGGCGUCGAGAAUUUAGUCAUUGCACGGACUGAUUCAGAAGCUGCUACCCUGAUUACCUCAAACAUUGAUGACCGCGACCACCCCUUCAUUUUCGGCUCCACAAACGCGGAUCUCCCUCCUCUUGUGAAUGUCAUGACCGACGCUGAGAAUGCUGGGAAGUCUGGUGAUGACCUGCAGGCAGUUGAGGAUGCUUGGACUGCAUCCGCAAACUUGCAGUUGUUCUCGGAGACCUUGGCUAAUGCCCUGACCGCACAAGGGUCAUCGAAGGCUACCGUUGAUCGAUUCAUCUCUCGUGUUGCGCACUCGUCAUACCCUCAAGCAGUAGUUAUCGCACAGAGAGAAUUUGGUCUCAAGUCUGUACCCUACUGGAACUGGGACACGCCCCGGACCCGGGAAGGGUUCUAUCGCUACCAAGGUGGCACCCAGUGCGCAAUUCAACGGUCUAUUGAGUACGCACCAUAUGCCGAUGCCUUGUGGAUGGAAACAAAGAAACCUAUCUUGUCUCAAGCCCGCGAGUUCGCACACGGUGUUCACGCCGCACGCCCAGGUCACUGGUUGUCGUACAACCUCAGCCCUUCAUUCAACUGGGAAGCCGCUGGCCUAAACAGCCAGGAUAUGAAAGCCUUUGUCUGGGAGCUAGGUAAACUCGGCUUCGUCUGGCAAUUUAUCACGCUCGGCGGUUUGCACUCCAAUGCAUACAUAAGCGAUCUCUUCGCUCGUUCAUAUGCGACGGAAGGUAUGAAAGCUUACGUGGAGAUUAUUCAGAGCAAAGAGCGCGAGAUUGACUGCGAUGUCUUGACGCAUCAAAAGUGGAGUGGUGCCGACUACGCCGACAAUCUCAUAAAGACUGUCACCGGUGGCGUAUCUUCCACAGCAGCGAUGGGCAAGGGUGUCACCGAAGACCAGUUCAAGGCCAAACUGUGA